AACUUCACUUGACACAUUAUUAAAGCCACCAUCAUUCAUUUCUCUCUCUUUUCGCUUUUACUAACAUCAUUCAUUAUUCUAUUUUGUUGUAUCUGUGUUCAGUGUUGCAGUAUUGCCCCUUCCCUUCACAAUUAACAUUUUCAUUUUUUUCCUCUGAAUCUGAUAUUAAUAUCAUCGGAAUUUGGCUUUCAUGGACAAGGCAGCUGCUGAACUUCAAAGUGAGGCAGCAGAUCCUACUCUUCUUCACCGUCAGACAUGUACUGGAAAUGGGAUAGGUGACAAUACCUCCUUGAUUCCAGAGUCCAGAAAGCCAAGUCUCUCCUCCCUGCAAAUACCAGUAAGGUCACUGGAAAGUGCAUUUUCCUCUUUAAGCAAGACAGAUGGGCCUACAUUGAUAUCAAGUCCAGGUUCCAGUAGAGGACUUCCUCCGAGGCCAAAUUCAGCCAGAGUCAAGUCCUCUAUGAGAAGUUUACUCUCUGAGAGAAGCCUUAGGGCUAAGAAUUGUUCACAAGAUUGUGAAAGGACAGUUUUGAUUGUACCUGAUACCUUACCAUCAGAUGGUCCAGUGGAUAAGCCUUCAACUUCAAGGUCCCUUUCUCUCAACAAGAUUUUGUUCUCUUCAUCAAUGAAAGCAGCACAUUCAUUGCCAGUUACUCCAACUGCAAAUUCAGGUGCAGAGAAUGUGCAUGGAAGACAUCUAGGGUGUGAUUCUGAUUCGAGUAAAAUGGAAGUAAAUCAACACAUCACUCGAUCAUUUUCCGUUCCAGUUAAUGUCAAAGCUGCUAAUUUAAGGCCUACAGAUUCUAGGAGCCUGAUUCGUGUAAUUUCAGCAAGAACACUUCCAGGAACUAUUGGUGGCAUUCCAACUCAGAAUGCUUCUGGAUCAGAGAUUGUCGAUGAAGAUGCUUCUGAAGAUAUUCCAGAGGAAGAUGCAGUUUGUAGGAUUUGUUUGGUUGAGCUUGGGGAAGGAGGGAAUACUCUUAGGAUGGAGUGCAGUUGUAAAGGUGAGCUUGCACUUGCUCACCAAGACUGUGCAGUAAAGUGGUUUAGUAUAAAAGGAAACAAGAUAUGUGAUGUCUGCAAGCAGGAAGUCCAAAACCUUCCGGUAACACUAUUGAAAAUUUCUAAUACUCAAACUGUUGCUCGACAGCCAUUGAAUGCACCGGCACCGCAGCAAAGAGAAGUAACAUAUUACAGGAUAUGGCAGGAUGUAUCAGUACUUGUCUUGGUCAGCAUGCUUGCAUACUUUUGUUUUCUUGAGGAACUACUGGUUGCAGAUUUGGGCACUCGUGCACUUGCCAUUUCAUUACCUUUCUCCUGUGUUUUAGGCCUCCUUUCAUCUAUGAUUGCUUCAACCAUGGUGAGCGGAAGUUACAUGUGGGCUUAUGCUUGCUUCCAGUUUGCAAUUGUCAUCCUGUUUGCUCAUGUGUUUUAUACUAUGCUUAAUGUUAAUGCCAUCCUCUCAGUUAUUCUCUCUUCAUUCACUGGAUUUGGGAUUUCAAUCAGCUUGAAUUCUCUGCUAACGGAAUAUGUUAGAUGGAGAACAAGAAGACUGAUUCAAUCAACACAGCAGCAGCAAGAACAUCAAAGACAGCGUCAUCAACUGCAUAGGCUGCAGCAAGAGCAGAACCAAUGACAGUAGCUUACCGCAUGUUGAGACCAAUCUUUCACACAGAAUUUUGUGGCCUCAUUUAUUUAUUUAAUCUCAGUUAAGAAGCUACAAAGAUUUGGCCUUUUCAGUUUGGUGUGAACCAAAACAUAUGAAUCCACCAUGAGCUGCAUGAUAGGAGCGUGUUGUUGAAUAUAUUUUGAAAAGGGGAAGGGGGAGUUUUGUGCUUACAAUAUAUGGUUGUCAUGUAUUUUAAUCAUUAAAUUCUUGCAACCAGAUUUGUACUGUAAUAAUUUGAAGAUAAUUGACCAUUCUUGUGUUGGGCAUAAAAAUUCCCCAUGCCAACGAAAAGUGUAAAUUGAGGUGUUUCUUAAAUUGUCAAUGCUGAAAUUUGCAACACGAUAAA